AUGGCCACCACGAGCACGCCCAAGCCCGCCGCGACCGUCAAGAUAGCGAGCGCGGCUGCGCCGAAGCCGACCGACCCGAACGCGCACCCGGGCGUCCAGAUCCAGUCCCCGAUCACCGACUACCUCGCGGGGCUGGUCGCGCAGAACAGCAAGGACAACCCGGGCGCGAACGCGGCGUACAUCCCCGAGCUGGCGGCCGUGAACAGCGACCAGAUCGGGGCGUGCAUCACCACUGUCGACGGGUACGUGUAUGGCAGCGGCGACGUUGGCGUCGAGUUCAGCAUCCAGUCCGUGUCCAAGCCGUUCGUGUACGCGCUCGCGAUCGAGGAGCACGGCUUGGACUGGGUGCUUGACCGCGUCGACGUCGAGCCGUCCGGCGAGGCGUUCAACGAGCUCUCGCUCGACGGCAAGCAGCUGCCCAAGAACCCGAUGAUCAACGCCGGGGCGAUGACGACGCACUCCCUGAUUGGCGAGGGCACGAUGACCGUCGACGAGCGCUUCGAGCAUAUCCGCAAGGGCCUGUCGCGCUUCGCCGGCCGCGAGCUGGGCGUAGACGAGGGGAGCUACGCGAGCGAGCUGGCGACGGCGUACCGCAACUUUUCCAUCGCGUACAUGCUGCGCAACUACGGCGCGAUCAAGGCCGAGCCGGGGGACGUGGUCAAGGGCUACACGCGCCAGUGCGCGAUCCAGCUGACGGCCGCCGACCUGGCGACGAUGGGCGCGACGCUCGCCAACGGCGGCAAGCAGCCCGUGACUGGCGAGCAGGUCGUGUCGGCCGAAACCGUGCGCCAGGUGCUCUCCGUCAUGACCACCUGCGGCAUGUACAACGAGGCCGGGCACUGGGUGUGCGAGGUCGGCUUCCCGGGCAAGAGCGGCGUGAGCGGCUGUGUGCUUGGCGUGCUGCCGGGCAACUUGGGCAUGGCGACGUUUAGCCCGCGGCUGGACGAGGCGGGGAACAGUGUGCGCGGUAUGCGGAUGUACAAGCAAAUCGCGAAAGAAAUGGUCCUCCACAUGAUGCUCCCCCCGCCGCCAGCCCGCACGGUAAUCAGGCGCGACUACCUCCUCCGCUCGGCAGAGGGCGAGAAGGUCGUCGUCGUGAGCCUGAUGGGCGCGGUAAACUUCACCGCGACCGAGCGCAUCGUGCGCGUGAUGCAGGGGCGCACGCUCAAGAACCCCGAGCACAAGCUCGACGGCAUCGUCGUCGACGUGCGCCGCGUGGAUCAGGUAUACCCUGUUGCCUCCCGGAUCCUCGCCGAGGCGCUCCGCCGCCUCCGCUCGACAGGACACAAGGUCGUGCUUGUCGACCCGGACAACCGGCUGCUCGGCGACCUCGGCAAGGGGAGCGGCAUCGACACUGCGCCCGGCGACGACGCGGCCGCCGACGAGAUCGUCGGCGAUACCAGCAAGUUUGAUAAGUGGGAGCGCAUCCCGUUCUCGCCCCAGAUGCUCAUGCUGGAUUAG